AUGGAGGAGGAGAUGGUUCGGGAUAAUAACAAGCAGAUGAUGGUUGCAUUGGGGUUGAUCGGCUUUGGGUACGCGGAGGCUAAGCGGCAGAAACCAAACCGUCUGUACAUGUGUUGGCCCCAAAUCCCUCCCAAUCCAUGUGUCAAUACACCCUGGAAAGCCAUGUACGUCAACGGGAGCGAUCGCGCAUUCAUCACCACUAUGGGUAUUGACACAGACAUGUUCAGCCGGGAACGCGUGAUCAAACACCUUCCUCAUUUGGUUUAUUCGAGGCUUUCUUGGUCUAUUCGAGGGGUCUCUACCCCUCGAAUAGAUCCUGGUUUAUUCGUGGUCUAUUCAAGGCCUUAA